CGACAACAUUCUUUCCUCCCUUACCAUUGAACGAGACCCAGAGAUCCCCGCCGCCAAUAUGGAAACCAGUUCCAUGCUUGACCUGGUCGACCAACUGGAGGAGAACAUAGAAGACCUUGAAGAUAGCCUCGCGCCUUUGCUAGAGUCUGGAUCUUCCCUGGCAUCUACCACCAAGAAACUUCCUCUGGUGGAUAGAGCGAAGUUGGACGUUUUGUUGGUGUACGCGAUCGAGUCAAUUAUUUUUUCCUUCCUCAAGUUACACGGUAUCGAUGCCAAAGAGCAUGCCGUAUUCCGCGAAUUAAGUCGAGUCAAGCCAUACUUCGAAAAGAUCAAGAAUGCAGAGGCCGGUGCUUCUCCAUCUCGUCCCUCUGCUAUAUUAAACAAAGAGGCUGCUAACAGAGUAAUCCGACAUGCUCUGGCUGGAAAUGCCAAAUAUGAUCUCGAACGCGCCGAACGUGAAGCCCGUGACAAAUUCCGAGCAAACCAGAAGUUAAAGAACCUGGAAGCCAGCCUUCAAGAAAAGGCCAAGGCACAAGCACAGGAUGAGAAGCCGAUUGACGAAAAGGCGGACGCGUUACAACUAGCCGCGCAGCUCGCAUCUUUACCACAAGAAACCUCAGAAGAGGACUCGUCCUCAGCCGAAAAUGACAAAGAGACCGCUGGUGCCGUUGAUGAAGGAGAAGCAUCAUCUAUACCCAAGACGGAGUCGGAGAAUUUGACUGAGUCAAGCCCUCCACAGGAAAUAUCACAGGAAACCCCACAAGAGAAGCGCCGAGGGAAGAAGAGAAAAUCCCAACAGGCGGAAGAUCAGCAACCGUCCAAGAAAUCCAAAAAGGAGGAGAAGAAAGCGAAGAAAAAGGAUCGGCAGGAAAAGAAGGCCAAAAAGGCACAAAAGAAAACUGCUGCCGGCACUGAGGAUGGUGGAUGAGUAUAGCUGAGUCUCUUCCAACCAAUCUCUCCACAUCACGAAGGGGCCGAUGGAGGUUUUGCGCAUCUCGGGCCAGACUCUCUACAGAGACUACAGAUGUCACGACUUGAUGGAUCUCCAUGCUCUCAACUGGACCUGGUAGUUGGCCGCCUCGCUACUAGGGUUUGUCUGGACAAGAAAUCUUUUUGGAAGCGAGGCUCCCUACAGAACACCCACUCCCCAUCACCAACUCAAGCCGGGUGUUUUCAGUCAAAACAAUAAUCAUGCCUCCAAGUGCUACAACACCUUACGUACAAGUUACGAAACACAGGCUUCCGAGUCACUGCCUGGUGAUUUGGACCAGGCUGGGGAUAUGUGUACCAAGCGAGGCUUUGGGUUGAAAACAGACCUACCUACGACGCUACGAUUAGUAUGAAUACAGAAAUCAAG